AGGGAAAAGGCUAUAGGCCACAGCAGACGAUGCAGCUUAAUGCCAAGUUGAGCCACCAGGUGCCAUGGUCGCGUGCUAUUCCUCUUCCAGUGCAGCUAGACCACGUGAAAGACCAGGCUGCUUAGCUUAAUCCCCUCAUCAUCCUUCGACUUGCCCAACGUCCAUCUUAGAAAUUUUCUUGUCGACUUGUCGACUUUCGAGGCGGCAUACGUUUUGGGGCCUAACUUCAAGCCAAAUCGGAAGUCCCCUCAGUUUGUUUCUCAUCACCAAACGAGGAGCCAGACAGUCGCCCCUUGACUCCAGUAUCCCGUCGAUCGGAGAACUCGAGUCGUACCACUCAUAUAUUACAUGACACGUCGUGAUGUUUGAGCGUCGCGCCGCGGACCGUUACCGGCUGCGGAUGCACCGUGCCCGCACAGUCGCGCUAACUUCGGAUGAGAUUGUCGAAGUACGAGCAGCGCAGCGGACUUUCGAAGGCGCCUACAUCCGUACAGCUUUAUCCCAAUUCUCUUUCGCCCUGGUGGUAUUGAAGAUCUUCACUAGCGAGUUCUAUAGCACUGGAGCGCUUUUCGCCAUCUACGGCACGGGCGUGCUUAUCAUCGGACUCUUCCGUCGUCAACAAGGCAACCGGCAAUUCUUUUCCGAGAUAGGAGAGGAUGGCAUUCGUCACAAGUUCAGAACUAGUGGAAAUGCCGUGGUGGUGUUGACGGCCCUUAGCAUUGCCGCCUACGCGACCCUUAUCGCGCUGACUGUGAGGCUGGACAAAUAGGCGGUCACGCCUCGCCAAGACACUUCAGGCAGUAAGUCUACAACCUCACGGCGUACCUGCCAAGUACAUGCAGAAUGCGACGGGCUCAUCCCAGGCUUCUCGUUUCCUGCUCCAAGUGCAGUCGAGAGACGUGGCACGCGGGUGUGCCGAGCCGACUUCCGCCAACAUCAAGCCAUAUCGACAUUCCAGCGCAAAGUUGAGGGGUGGCCCGACAGGGAUAAGCUUGCAACACGAAUAGAGCAUUACCGCCUUCAGCCACCCGAACUGGCAGCCUCACUGUCUAGGAUCAUCAUGUUGUCUAUGCUCGAACCAUUGCCUGCACUGCUCUCAAUCCGUUACACGGUCCUCUAUGUCGCUGAUACGGGAGACGAUUACCG